CGGGGAGCUCAGGGGCCAGGCAGGACAGUCCCGCUGGUUGGAUGUGGCCCGCGGGCCGUAGUUUGCCAAUCCCUGAGUUAUAUCCUUCCAUAAUAAGGUUUGAACUUUUCUGUCUUUCCUCAUGAAGGUGGUUAAAACAUCAACAGCAGCUCUUGGGUUUUUCUCUCAAUAAAAUUAAAGGAGUCAGGCAAAUUCUGUACCACCCCUUGCUCCGCCCGGUCCCCAGUGCAGCUCUGCCGGUAGAAUGCCUGACUUCUAGCACUCUCUGCUGACCUUAUCUAUCUGCAUAAAUCAUUACCCUGGUGACAGGCAUUCUGUAUCUGGGCAUGAGUCCCUACGUAGUUCAACCCAUCUGUAGGAGUUAGAUGCCCUAGAAGUGACAGGACCCCUGCCCCGUUACCAACCCCAGGAGCCUCACAGGCUCUGGCUGGCUCUUUGUUCUUCUUUGAGUGCUUACAGACAUUCCACUCAGGUGUGUGCAUGCCCAGUGCACCAAAGCCGGAGAAAUUCGCCUAGCAGUACUCAUAGGGGUUGUGUUCACGCCCCUUGCCUCAUAGCCUGUCCCCUGGCUGUAUAAGGGCAGCGUUGCCUUGACCCGCCUCAGUUCCUUCUCACCACCCCCAGCUAGAGUCAGCACUGUGGGCACGGCCUUUUUAUCUCUAAGUUGUUGAGAACUUUGUGUUCAUAGUUAGUUGUUUAGUAGUUAGUACCUUAGGUGGGUUAGUUAGUUAGCUGUAGUUUCCUGGUGGAAUGUCUUCACCGGGAUUUAAACGUUGCCCAUCACGUGAGGGGCUAUUCCAAAUAGUGAUCCCCACACGCAGUGUUUAAUGUGCCUGGGAGAGGAACACAGUAAGGACAGAUGCACCAUCUGUAAGUUCUUCAGGACAAGGAUGCAGUUAGCAAGGCACUUGAGACAUGAGCAAGCCAUGAGGCCCACAUCAGCACUGGAGAUGGUACCAGCUCCUCAGCUGUCGUCUGAGCCUCAUCGUACCGAUGUUCUGCGGCAGAACUUGGAGGCAGCCUCUAGGAGGCAGGCUCCACCAAGGAAAAGGACCCAUAAAUCAGAACACAGCUGGCAGAGAGAGUCAUUCUCUGCAGGGAUCAAUGGGGCUCCUUGGGUACCCGUGCGGGAGCUGGUCCUUCAACUCAUUCUCUCGUACCAAGGCAACAUUGAGAGGCUGUACAGUCAACUCCAGCACCAUGCGUGAGUCCAGAACUGCCGUCUUCAGCACCGACAAUGACCACGCCCGUGGCCUAUUAGGCGACAUCAGACCGAUUAUGCCUCUCAGUCCCAGACUCUCCAAUCACCAAUGAACCGUCAGCAGCAAUGACUUCAUCAAUGAUUAUGGCACUGACACCAUCCUUGGUACCACCUGUGCGCCUGGGUACCCUGUCUAGGCUGGUGUCUGACCAGUUCUUCGGCGAUGACGACUUCGGUACAGACUGAGGCUUGAAGACCGGUGCCAACACCGGCACUGGAGCCGCCUUGAGAGUCAGUACUGAGCGAGAACAUGUUGCCCCUGCAACCCAUAGGGCCCCUUACUGACCUAGAGCCCGUGCAGGCAGCAUAUUGGGCUUUGCAUGAAGCUGGAUGGUGGCUGGCUGGCUCUGCCGGGAGUUGACCCUCCAUUACCCCAAAUGACUUUGGGGUUCAUCGGGGCUGAAUUAGAAUUCUUCCUCCCCCUCCCUUUUGUCCCCCAGAGGCCGGUUUACAGCUUGGUCCAGACACACAUCUGACACUGACAUCAUGGGAUCAAUACCAAUCACACAUUAGGCGUAGGGGCUCUUGGCACGCUAGUCAUUGGCCACCGAUGCCUUACCCAUAUCCACGAUGGCCUGGGAAUCUGUGGAACGCUCCUUCUUCCUUCAGAUUCCGAUCUUCCACCCACUCUAGGGCAACCUCUACGCUUUCAAUUCAACCUCCCGAGUCUCUCCUCCUCCCUGAACUGUUGACCCAACAUCACGGCCAGGUGGUUCAUCCAGCAGUAGGCAGUCUACCCCUUACCACGUGGGUGCUGCGUGGCUAGAUGAGGAAGAGAUGCAGUUAAAGAAGUUCUGCUUAGAGUAGGAAAUCUAGGGGGGGCCACCUGUUUUUGUCUAAGUGGAAGCAGUUUUCGAUUUGGGGGACCUCAGAGGGAGUUCAUCCUAUGUCAGCAUGGAUUCAGAACGCUCUGGACUAUUGGUUGCAGUUGAAAUCUUUGGGCCUGGCUCUUAGCUCUUCCAGAGUUCAUUUGGCUAUGAUUUCAGCUUUCUACCCUCCUCUUUGGGGAAAGUCGCUAAAUUCACAUCCUAUGGUAGGGAGGUUUCUGAAAGGCAUUGUCUGUCAUUUUCCACCGGUGAAGAAAAUGGUGCCAUUGUGAGACCUUAAUACAGUGCUCGUGCCACCAAUGAGUCUGUUUGAGUCAAUAGCAACAUGCUCAUUGGCUCUCUGCUCCCAGGAGAUGGCUUUCCCAGUAGCUGUAACAUCCACUAGACUAGUCAGGGAAGCCUUCAUGGCAGCAGAUCCCCCAUACACCCACUUCUUCAAAGGCAAGGUAGCUUCAAGACCAUAGCCAAAAUUUCUGUCAAAAGCGAUCUCUCGGAUUCACCUUAAUGAGGUUAUUUAUUUACCUGUAUUUUUUCCCAAACCACACUUGGGCAUAGAAGAACAACGCCUUCAGACCUUAGAUGUGGGAAGGUACUCGGCAUUUUAUCUGGAAAGGACUAACCCCUUUCAUUCAUCACCUCUCCUCUUCGUAUCUUACACUGAGCGGAUGAAAGGACAAUCGGUCUCCGCUUAGACCGUGGCGAAGUAGAUAAGGACGUGUAUUACCGCAGCUUCUGGAGCAGCUCAGAUUAUGCCCCCAAAGUCGUUACGGGCUCAUUCGACGAGCGCUCGAGCAACAUCAAUAGCCUUUCUUAGAGAUGUUUCCCCGAGUGGAUGGCCGCAGGGCUGCAACUGGCCCUCACUGCACACCUUUGCGAGACACUGCGCUAUCACCACGGCUUCUCGGGCUGAUGCACGCUUUGGAAAGGCAGUUCUGCAGUCUCUGUGUAAAUCGACUCCGAGCCCUGGGAAUACACGUCUGCAACCACUCGAAGAGGAAAAGACUGUUACUCACCUGCGUUGGAGCUGUUCUUCAAGACACGUAUUCCACGACCCACCCUGCACCCCUUCUGCAUCGGAGGCUCCCGCCUGGGGUUUGGUGCAAAGGAACAGAGGGGUCGUGGCAGCUCUGCCCUUCUAGAGCCAGGGGAGGGGCUGUGAGGCAAAGGGCGUGAGCACUGCCCAUGCGUGCUGCUAGGCGGAUUUCUCCAGCUUUGCUGCAUGAGCGUGGGAUACGUGCCUGCAGCCACACUUCGAAGAACAACAGUUACCAGACAGCCCUGCUAGGUCUGCCUGCCUGUGGCCCAGCAGGACGGGUCCUGCCGGGGAAUGGAGCCCCUGGGCCAGGCCUGGGCACUUACCACCCGCGGCUGCUGGAGGGAGCCAGCCCCCGCACUGUGAUGGCGACCGUGCCCCCGCCCGGGCUGAAGUUCAAGCUCAUCCUGCUGGGGGACUUUGGGGUGGGGAAGACCACACUGUUCCACCGCAUCCGGGCAGGGCGCUUCCUGCAGGGGGCCCACACCGCCGACGAGCACCUGGCCAUCUGCGAGAGGACCGUGCAGCUCAGCCUCCCCCAGGCCCCCCGCCUGGCCCAGAUCUCCCUGUGGGACACGGCCGGUGAAGAAAGGUUCCUCUCCCUGAGCAGCUGCUACUACCGGGACACAGACGCUGUGCUGCUGGUGUACAACGUCCAGAGCCAGCUCUCCUUCGACAGCCUCCCGCACUGGGUGUGCGUGGCCCGGCAGCACUGCCCAGAAGCCCCCAUCUUUCUGCUGGGGAACAAGACUGACCUGGAGCCGUGCCUGCCGGAGGACAAGGCUGAGAAGUUUUCUGUGGAGCACAGAAUAGCCGGCAGGUUUAACGUGUCUGCCAAGACAGGGGAGAACGUGGACAGGUGCGUGCAGGGCGUGGUGCAGCUGCUCGUCCUCGAGAGCGAUGCAGGGUGCGGCCGGCUCACGGUGCCGCUGCAGGAGGCCGGCUCCUCCAGCCCGUGCGUGUGCUGAGAGCCCUGGGGAUGCCUGGCAAAACCGCGCUCUGCGUCAGGAAGCUGCUGGGGUCCCAGCCUGAGUCCCGAAAGCCACUGUGCCACCGCCAGCCACUGCUCCUGCCGGGCGUGGAGCCACCUCUGGAGAGACCCUCCUGCCCUGUUCCCGGAACGUGCUGCCGGAUAAUCCCUGCUGUGGGGGGUGAGCAGCCUCGUGCUAUCCGGUCACCUUUGUCCCCUGGAAGGGGAGGCCGGACCCCAGGGACUGGGGCUGAGCCCCACGUCUGUCCCCGCGUCUGCGGUUUGUCCUCUCGCUGCUCACCAGCCUGUAGGGGAGGAGAGCCUCCCACAGGCCCAGCACAUGGACUGCGCCUGGUCGCUGGGAGAUCCAUGCGCACACACUAGGCCCAGCAGGAGGCCGUGUCAGCGGUUAUGGGGGCUCUUCCGCCCUCUGGGCCGGCAGCGAAUCAAUGCCCCCACCCGGUGCUGGAGGGCGCUCUGCGUCCUGUUUGAGAGAGGGUGUGAAAAGCAGCCCCUGCUCCCUAGUGCUCAUUGCAAAUCCCAUUGUUCUCCAUGCAGGGUGGCGGGGUAACCCACUGUCCUGUGCCCUGGCCAGAUGCCAUGUCAAGCACCUGGGCUGGGCUGGGCUCUGGGAGAAGCGAACAAGGAGAAGGGGGCUGCACAGCAGGUGACUUCUUUGCAUCAGCCUUCACUGGGGCAGGGGGUGGGGGGAACCAGUCCCAGACUCGCUCUUGUCAGGCACUGCAGAGAAGGGAGGAGGGAUUGAGGUGACGGGGGGGGGGCGGUGCUGGAACAAGCUGCCAAGGCGCUGGCAGUCCCCAGCACCAGGUGGGAUAACCCACCAGUAGUACUGUGUGAUCUGCACCAGAGGGCGUGGUACCUGGGACCCCUGGUUGCACCUGCCGUAAGAAAGGUGUUGCCCAUGAUCCGGGGAGUCACCGCGAGUCUCAUCGCAAAGCUCGGGAAACUGUCUGAAAUGCUCCAUCGGGUGAAAUCUUGGCCCCAUGGAAGGCAAUGGCAUGUUCCUGUUGGCUUCCCUGGAACUAGGAGUUCACCCAUAGAUCUUCAAGGCUAGAAGGGAGCCUGAGCCUGACCUCCUCAGCAGGCCAGACUGGAUCUCCCCCAGCUCCGUCUGUUCUGAGCCCAGCUGCUUGUGUCUGGCUGGGGCACUCCUCCAGAAAAUCAUCCCAUGUUGAUGUGAAGACGGCAGAGAUGGAGACUCCACCAUGUGAUGUCUGUUUGUUGCAAUGGAUAACUGCCCUGCCUGUUAAAAAUGUCUCAUCUUUCUAACUUCCAUUUGUCUGGCUUUAACUUCCAGCCCUGGUCUCUUGUUCUGUCUUUCUUUGCUAAAUCAGAGAUUCCGCUUAGGGCCUGGUAGCUUCUCCCUGUGUUGAUCCCUCUCUACGGUGCUGAGUGCCACCCGUCUUUCACUGUCUCAAGUCAUCGCUGUAGCUCUUUCCUGCACCCUCACCAAGUUCAACUUCCUUUGUAAAACGUAGGCCCCGUGUUCCAGUCUUAGCACGAUCAACAAAAAGCCAGGGACGAGCCUGCCCGGGCUCUGCAAGGGAAAGUCACGCCUCUCCGAUCUGCUGGAAUUCUUUGAGCAUGUCAGCACAUGGUGGAGAAAGGAGACCCAGGUGAUACUUUGUCACCUAACCCUGCUGGUUCCCAAGCAGCCCUUCUGCUGGUGGAGAAGCACUGGGCUGGAGGCUGUGUUUCCUAGCAGCUCUGUGUUCUUGGGGAACCAGGCGCAGCACGCAGCCUGUCUGACUCACGAAAGACAUUCCUCCACCCCCCAGCCUGAACCAAAGCUGCAUCAGAAGAAAGACUUACAAAAAGCAAUGAAAAGGCCGUGGGAGACCCACCUAAACCCCUGGGAGAAGGGUGACAGGAUUAAGGAAACUCCCGUAGGCUCAUUUGCAUCAAAGAUGGGACAGGGAGGCGUCUCCAUUAGCAUACAGAUUGGAGAACAGAGUCAUCCAGCGUGACCUCUUGGGCAGAAUCCCCUGGGAGGAUAACAUGAGGGGGAACGGAGUCCAGGAGAGCUGGCUGUAUUUUAAAGAAUCCUUAUUGAGGUUACAGGGACAAACCAUCCCGAUGUGUAGAAAGAAUAGUAAAUAUGGCAGGCAACCAGCUUGGCUUAACAGUGAAAUCCU